UAGUCCCUUCGGGUAAGCGCAGCGGCUGUCGUGAGUUCCGUCGGUAUCCGCGAGUUCGUAACACGAGUAUAGACAUUUUUUUUUUUGGGGGGAAAAACAGAAAUUUUCGAAAAUAUUAAAAAUAUAAAAAAAAUCCUGUGACCGUCGUCGAACACUCGGCCUGAUGUGCGUUUGUUGGUUUAUUGCCGCAGUAGAGUGUCGCAAAGAUUACCCGAACGUGGGCCGUCGAGAAAUUAUUUAAAGACUUUCGUUAACAUACUAAGACGUUUAUUCUGACACUUAAUCAAACUGCUCGUUGGCGAUUCGCACCUGUUGUUCUCGCCGUUUGUCAUAUUAUAAACCACGCGAGUGCGGACAAAGGUCGGUUUUUCUUUUUCGGGGUUUUUCCGUAUAGCAUUAUGUCUGGAAAUAACAUUGUUACCGAAGUCGCAGCGGUCGUGACCGAGUGACCGGGUUACCUUCCCCAGGACCAGAGAAAAUGGCGCAGAGUUGGCCCAGGCCGGGCCCGGUGGUACGGGAAGGGCCCAGUGCCGCGCUCCGUUCGUUCGCCAUUUUCGCCGAGUCAAGGUCACUGUAAAAGGUCGCCGCCGCAAUGACCUUCAACAACACGACUGCAACAGACGCCGGCAACUUCACCCUCGGCGCCGAUCCGGCCGACGACCUCUACCAGGUGCCGCCCAUCCUGAUCGUCCUGUUGGCCAUACUGUACGGAUCCAUAUCGGUGGUGGCCAUAGCCGGCAACGGCCUGGUCAUAUGGGCCAUCACCACCAGCCGGCGGAUGAGGUCGGUCACCAAUCACUAUUUGGCCAACCUCGCCGUCGCCGACAUCAUCCUCGCCUUGUUCGCCAUCCCCUUCGAGUUCCAGGCCGCGCUGCUGCAAAAAUGGAACUUGCCGUCGUUCAUGUGCGCCUUCUGUCCAUUCAUCUACGUGCUGUCGAUCACGGUCAGUGUAUUCACACUAACGGCCAUCGCAGUCGACCGACGCCAAGCAAUAUUGAAUCCGUUCGCAGCUCGAACGUCAAAAAACCAAUGCCUAUGGGUGAUUGGGGCAAUAUGGAUCGCUGGGUUGAUACUGAGUUCGCCGAUGGCUUACACCCAACGCGUGGUCUACGUGGACGAAGACUGGCCUUUCUGCAAGAACGUUAACCUGUCCGAGACGGAUAUGCUCGUGUACAGAGGACUGCUGGUCAUCGUCCAGUACGUUAUACCGCUGUCCAUUAUGACUUGGGCGUAUUCCGGGAUAGGAUUCGCCCUGUGGGGAUCGUCGGCUCCGGGAAACGCCCAGUCGCAAAGGGAUUUGAACCUGAUGAGGAACAAGAAAAAGGUCAUUAAGAUGUUGAUCAUUGUCGUGGCGCUGUUCACGCUCUGUUGGUUGCCUCUCCAAACGUACAACCUACUUCAGCAUAUAUUUCCACAAAUCAACGAAUAUCCUUACAUAAAUAUCAUAUGGUUUUGUUUCGAUUGGUUCGCAAUGAGCAACAGCUGCUACAAUCCGUUCAUUUACUCCAUUUACAAUGAAAAAUUCAAACAGGAGUUUAAAAUGAGACUAGACUUUAUGUCGGGCAGGAGGCGUUUGACUAGAAACCUGAGCGCGUUCUCGAGCGGCAGGUUCGAAUGGCGCACAAACCACGUGAACAUUCAUGACCGAAACAAUAAGAAAAGUUCCAUCGUUACCAACGACACUCCGCUUAUGCUCACUCCUGAAAACUGAAUGUAUGUGGGAUGUCACAUGAUAUACGGUUACAUUAUUGUCAUCAUUCUUGUAUUGGAAGUCAGCAGAGAGACGGCGGGGCGGCGGCUCGACUUUGCUGUUAAACGCAUGCGGACAACCGCAUGAACAUCUUCUCAACUGUGUAAUCGACUUGCUAUUCCCUUUGUAUCGUUUACCGUUUAACUAAUAUCGUCUAAGCAAACACUGUAAUACCGUUGUCAGGUUUUCGAUUGUGUAAAUAUUAAUAGUGUAUUAUAACGACGUACCUACCUAUCUACCUACCUACCUACCUACCACGAACAAUGUACCAUAUCCAAAGUGCGUAGUACGGCGUAACCGAAUGCCCUUGUCUCGAGAUUCUCAGGCCGGGCAUUUUUUAAAAAAAUUUUUUUUUUUUUUUUGAGUGAUAUUUUAUGAAUUUCAUAUAGUUUUAUAUUAUCAAAAUAUAUUUAAAUUAUUUAUGAAUUUUCAACCCAAUACACGAUGGGUUGUAAUAUGUACAAUAUUUGUUUUGACAGCCCUGUUUGUAUGUAAUUGCGAACAACAAUUAUUAUUGUCUAUGUACCUAUUUAAUUUG